AUGGCCUCCAUUGCCCGGUACCUAAGGGCUGCUCGCCCAUCAGCCUUCGCUGCCGUGAGGAGCUCUGCUUCCCGCACCGUUGCUGCCCGCCCAUUUUCCGUCACCGCAUCCAACGAGAUCAGGAAAUACACCAAGGAGCACGAAUGGAUUGACCUCGCCGCCGACAAGAAGACCGGCGUCAUCGGCAUCAGCGAGUACGCCGCCAAGGCCCUCGGUGACCUCGUCUACGUCGAGCUCCCAGAGGAGGGCAGGACCGUCAACAAGGGCGACGCUAUCGGUGCCGUCGAGUCGGUCAAGAGUGCCGCCGACAUCAACGCCCCCGUGAGCUGCAAGAUCACCCAGAUCAAUCUCGUGCUCGAGGAGAAGCCUGGCAACCUCAACCAGGUCCCUGAGGAUGACUCCCACGGCGGCGGCUGGAUCGCCAAGGUCCAGGUUGACGAGCAGGGCCUCCAGGACUUUGAGACCCUGAUGGACUCUGAGCAGUACAACGAGUUUACUGCCAACGAGGACCACUAA